GCGGCUAGUCAGUACCCACGGGCGGCGACGGUAUGGCAGCGGAACGACGCGGAAAAGCCGACACCCUGGCCCUGCGGCGGCGGCUGCUCAGAGACAGUCUCACUUUGUUGCCUUCGGUAUAUGGGGUCGGCGCCCUACCCACUGAGCUACAGGCACCGCCCUUCAGCAACUUCUUAAGCUCAUCUGUUUCCACAUUCACAGCCACCUGGGGAGAAGAGAGACUGGAGGCAGGGAAGCAGCACCUUGCCCUUCAAGCUUUUGUCCUUUCCACAAACUAGGAAGGGGUGGGAGAGGUCUGUAACAGGUAGACUUCUUCCUUCAGGCUUUCAGACAUGGCUGUCUCCUCCUUGCCCGUCCCACAGCUCUUCCUGCAGACUCUUUUUCCCUGAGGAUCCUGUUAAGAUUGUCUGGGGCCACGGGCAGUACAUGUACGAUGAAGAGGGGGCAGAAUACAUCGAUUGCAUCAACAAUGUGGCUCACGUUGGGCACUGCCACCCUCUCGUGGUCCAAGCAGCACAUGAACAGAACCAGGUGCUCAACACCAACAGCCGAUACCUGCAUGACAACAUCGUGGAUUACGCGCAGAGGCUGUCAGAGACCCUGCCAGAGAAGCUCUGUGUGUUUUAUUUCCUGAAUUCUGGGGUGUCUCUGUGGGAAGCUGCUGAACAACUGUCUGAGCCGUGCCCACCUUCUGGUCGUAGGUCAGAAGCCAAUGACUUGGCCCUGAGGCUGGCUCGCUGCUACACAGGACACCAGGACGUGGUAGUGUUAGACCAUGCUUACCAUGGUCAUCUGAGCUCCCUGAUUGACAUCAGUCCCUACAAGUUCCGCCACCUGGAUGGCCAGAAGGAGUGGGUCCAUGUGGCACCUCUCCCAGACACCUACCGAGGCCCCUACCGGGAGGACCACCCCAACCCAGCUAUGGCCUAUGCCAAUGAGGUGAAACAUGUUGUCAGCCGUGCACAGGAGAAGGGCAGGAAGAUCGCAGCCUUCUUUGCUGAGUCUCUGCCCAGUGUGGGAGGGCAGAUCAUCCCCCCUGCUGGCUACUUCUCCCAAGUGGCAGAGCACAUUCACAAGGCCGGAGGAGUCUUUGUCGCGGAUGAGAACCAAGUUGGUUUUGGCCGAGUGGGCAAGCACUUCUGGGCCUUCCAGCUGCAGGGGGAAGACUUUGUCCCUGAUAUUGUUACCAUGGGCAAGUCCAUUGGCAACGGCCACCCUGUUGCCUGUGUGGCCACAACCCAGCCUGUGGCAAGGGCCUUUGAAGCCACUGGUGUCGAGUACUUCAACACGUUUGGGGGAAGCCCAGUGUCCUGUGCUGUGGGGCUGGCUGUCCUGGAUGUCUUAGAGAAGGAGCAACUCCAAGCUCAUGCCACCUGUGUGGGUAGCUUCCUGAUGGAGCUCCUCAGACAGCAAAAAGCCAAACAUCCCAUCAUCGGGGACAUCAGGGGUGUUGGGCUCUUCAUUGGCGUGGAUCUGAUCAAAGAUGAGGCCACAAGAACACCAGCAACUGAAGAAGCUGACUUCUUGGUAUCCAGGCUGAAGGAGAACUACAUUUUGCUGAGCACAGAUGGCCCUGGGAGGAACGUCCUGAAGUUUAAGCCCCCCAUGUGCUUCAGCCUGGACAAUGCACAACAUGUGGUGGCCAAGCUGGAUGCCAUUCUGACUGAUAUGGAAAAGAAGGUGAAAAGUUGUGAAACGCUGAGGCUCCAGCCCUGAGCCACCCCUGCUCAGUCAGGUGUCCCCAGAAACUCAUCUGUUAAGAAGGUGACUUCCAUCUUGCAGAUAAAGCUGAGGCUUAGGACAUGUGAGCUGAUCCAUGCCCUCCUCUAACCACUAGUCUGUUAUUGGGAUAGGCCAAAUGGCUGUAUCUCCUCAGGUCCCAAAAAGUCCGUUCUUUUUUGCCCAAAACACCACCCGCUAGGGUAGAGUGGGAUUGGGGACGUCAGGGCACCUAUUUAAAUAAAUCAGAACACUGUAUUUUUAAAGGGAAGUCCCCCGAUACAUACACCCAUUGAAUAAAGUACAUUUUACAUUGUGUCCCCAUACAAGCUUAACUGGCACAUUAUCCUUACCAAGUAAUGAAGUUUGAUGUUUUCUAUACCACUGAAUUAAAAACCAAAUACAACCAACUAAAUUGCAUUUACCCAACCCCCACACCCCCACCUUCCAGGCUCUUCCUAUUUCUUAUUACUUCACAUAAAAAGGCUUCUUUGUAUCACUGUCUAUUACAGUAACAACUAAUUCCUCACUCAUUAAACUUAACCCAUUAAACUUAAGGGUCUGGGCUUGGCGCCUGUAGCACAGUGGUUACAGCACCGGCCACAUACACCCAGGCUGGCUAGUUUAAACCCAACCCAGGCCAGCUAAGCAAUAAUGACAACUACAACAAAAAAAUAGCCCAGGGUUGUGGCGGGCAGGGGGCCUGUAGUCCCAGCUACUUUGGAGGCUUAAGGCAAGAGAAUCACUUAAGCCCAAGAGUUUGAGGUUGCUGUGAGCUGUGAUGUCA